AGGCCAUCUUGAAUGUAGACCACGGAACUGCGCCUCUAUAAGCUGAAACUUUUAUGGUCGCAGGUUCGCCGCGGUGCACCACGGGACAUAAAGAAUGUGGAACCAUAGAGAUUAGCUAUGGGACUUGGAGAGGCCCCUUUUGCGAUAUCUUUGCGCCGCUUCUCCUCGCCUCCUCUCUGCUUUACGGGCGGUGCUUGGCGGCAGGCCCGAGGAGUCGGAAGCGGUGGUGGUGAGGGAGGCCGGAGCUGGGGCUGCCGAUCCGGGCCUCAUGAGGAAGAGGAAGCGGCGGCUGUGCUGACUGAGGCGGAGCCUUGGCCAGGAUGAAGCUGAGCACGCAGGCCUACUGCAAGAUGGUACUCCACGGCGCCAAGUACCCGCACUGCGCCGUCAAUGGGCUCCUGGUGGCCGAGAAGCAGCAGCCGCAGCACCACCAUAGUCGAGGCCGGGAGCGGGAGCCGACGCCUCACCCUCCGGCCGCCCACACGCUCUUCGUGGAUUGUAUCCCGCUUUUCCACGGCAGCCUCGCCUUGGCGCCCAUGUUGGAGGUGGCACUCACGCUGAUUGAUUCGUGGUGCAAAGAGAACAGCUAUGUAAUAGCCGGAUACUAUCAAGCUAACGAACGUGUGAAAGAUGCCAGUCCAAACCAGGUCGCUGAAAAGGUCGCCUCCCGGAUUGCAGAAGGCUUCAGUGAUCCCGCACUCAUAAUGGUGGAUAAUACUAAAUUUACAAUGGAGUGCGUAGAACCGACAGUUCAUGUGUACGAACAUCAUGAAAACAAAUGGAGAUGCAAAGACCCGCACUUUGAUUACUGUGAAGACUGGUCAGAAGCCCAGAGGAUCUCUGCCUCACUUCUGGACAGCCGGUCCUAUGAAAUGCUAGUGGAUUUUGAUAAUCAUUUGGACGACAUCCGGAAUGAUUGGACAAAUCCAGAGAUUAAUAAAGCUGUCCUGCACCUCUGCUAGGAAGUCUCCCACUGACUUGAUUUGUUGGCAUUUCUACUGUGCUGAAGAAGAAAAAGGGAGGGAGAGAAAUACUGAAUGUAAAUAAAAAACUAACGGUCCCUUCAAGUGAUGUGGGACACCAGUGAAUGAGACGCAUCACUUGCAAAAAGGAUGCGUCACUAUGCAGUCAAAUCUUUUUAAUGAGAAUCCUUGAGAUUCCAGCCGUAGUUUGCAGCCUCCUCUGUGGACUUUCCUCCUCGGCAUAAUACUUUGCUGUAACUCUCCAGCCAGGAACUAGAUCCACGAAUACUAAAACGUUUUGACUAACCUUUUAUAACCUUUAGAAAGUAAUUUUUAAAGAUUUAAGAUUUAUGAAAUGUCAGAGUAAUUGCUAGUUUUAUUUUUCAAAAAAGAAUCAAAUCUAUAACUAUACGUGAAAAUAUGUGACCAGUUUGAGAGCAGUCUCUCUAAGUGCUAACCGCUCGGUAUUAUGUGCACUGUACUUGUUGCUAUGACGUGCUGCACCGGAAGGAAAUAAUAGCUUGACAAGCAAUAUAUCCCAGAUGCUGCCAAGUUUCUCUGUCGGUCUGAGAAUGCUGCAAAUUUUUCUUCCUAUCAAGCUCAAAUGUUAAGAGGCUGAUUGUUUUCACCUUAAAUGGUUUGCCCAUUCCAAGGGUUUGUUGGAGUGGUCAGCAAAGCUAAGUGUUGCAGGCUCGUUUGUUGUUGUUGCUGCUGUUUGUUUCAAGAGUGCUUCUCUUAACCUUGUAACUUCUUCCAUGCUUGAUGAUUGUGCAAAUGUGGUAAGAGAGAUCACAACCGUGGAUUUCAGUUCCUGUCAUUUUACUGACUGCAUUCAGACAAUUAUGAGCCCAUAACUGUAGCCUUGGGAACAUGCACUCCCUCAUGGCUUUCUCUCUUCCUCCACACAUGAGGGGAGGAGAUUGGAAGCUACCGUUCCUGGUUAUGCAACACACCCUAGCUUCUGUUUUAUCCGGACCCACCAAACUAUCUUUUGGAAUUCUGGUUUGCACAAACCAGAAUUUGCCAUGAAUCUGACAAAACGGCAAACUGUGGUUUGCCAUCAGCCUUGGAAUGAAAGCUUUAAUCGCGGAGGAAGGGAGAAGGGAAUGUGUGAGUCUGAGAUUUGCUAUUAUAUCUGACUGCAGCCAUUGUUUGAUAGUGUAGUCAUAUAUAAGAAUUGCAGAAUUUUAAAAAAAAACACAGACAUGAUGGUUUGGAAUUCCCCGUGAGCUCAGCUACGGGUCUUUAACAGGAUGUGCUCCUGUUGGUUAACAUCCCUUGUUUCUUGCAAGCAGUUUUUAUCAGUUGGGUUUCAGACAGUUACACUUCAUACUGAGCUACGUUUGCCCAUUCAGAAUAGGCUUGUAGUAUAAUGAUCUUUGCAACAUAAGAGUCUUAAAGUCUUUCCACGUGCCGGUUUAGGUUUUAUUCCUUUACAUUUACCUCGCGAUGGAGAAAAGAUGGGGCAUCUUCCUUGUCAUCAUUUUAUAUGUAUUGUUUUGUUUCUUUUUUUUUUUUUGUAUUCCUAUGGAUCCUGUAUUUGCUUAACCAUUAUUUAUAACAUAUUCUACAUUUUAAGCAGAAGAAGUCUGAGGUUUUAUGUUGGAAGAAAAAUGUUUAGUUGACCACCUGUGUUUUCUUGCUACCCUGACUGCCCAAAUCACCUUGAAAAUAAAACGGAUGAAAUAAGA